CCUAGCGGGUACCCAAAGUGGAAAGACUGAUAAACGGGCAAAUCAUUUAUAUCAAAUGUGUUUAAGCUCUGGUUGACAGCCUGCAUGUAUGAGAAACACCACGUGGGAAACAGAGAGACCGGAAAACAAAGAGAAAAAUCAGUGUCAGAAGAAGCAAAAGAAGAAAAACAGGGAGAUUUAAAGAGUACACAGUAAAAAAACAACAAUCUGCAAAGAUGAUUCUGAUUAUGUUUGUGAUUGUAAUAAUGAUGAGAGUGUCGGCCCCUUGCACGAAGAUUGAACAAGAACUUUUUGGGAUCACAGAGAUUCCCUCAAACAUCUCGAGCAGCACCGAAUGCCUGUAUGUCAAGCAGAGGCAGAUCACAGUGAUUCCCAGGGGCACCUUCAGCCGCCUGCAGAACCUCAAGAGACUUUUCAUAACAGGGAACGACAUGCUGGAGAAUAUCAGCGCGUUUGCCUUCGCCAGACUCCCCCUGCUAACUGAAAUCUACAUCUCUGAUAACGGUGCGUUAAGGAGCAUAGGGGAUUCUGCUUUUUCUGAUCUCCCUGAACUCACUGGGAUACAAAUAAUAAAUUCAAAACACCUGAUCCACAUCCAUCCAGAUGCAUUCAAGAACAUUGGGAAACUGCGGGGUUUGAUCAUCUCCAACACCGGACUGACAAUAUUUCCAAACUUCACCAAGAUCCACUCCACAGCCAAGGGCUUUGUGUUGUAUGUAUCUACACUCAAAUUAACCAAAAAUGCCCACACACUAUUAUUCCCACAUGUCAUUGAAAAAGUAGGCUGUUGUAUGCACACAGAGUUAAAUAUGCCCAGAAGAAAUCACACCAUUUAACAAAACCUACGCACUGAGUAGUCCUUAGAGAACGGAGUAUCAAGAAAACAAACCAUCUGUCACUUGUCCCCGGCAUUUAUAAAUCCUACAUCAAACCGUCUCCCAUCUGACCCCCCAUCUAUCAGCUUCAAAUAAAAAGUGGAUUUAAAGAAGAUUGCAGCAUGUACUGUAUAUUUUGUACCCAUAUCUGCUGUGUUUCGUCAUAUUUACAUAAAUG